GUUUGCGAUAAAGCCGUUUGAUGCUGUCAGGAGAUCAAGUGACCAUCACCUUCUCUUGGACUCGCGCUGUCAAAGAGCUUUGCCAAACUAUAGUUCUAUCUCUCUCUCUAGGCGAGUGUGCGGUCCUCACAACUGUACUUAGAUAUCGCUUGAAACGUCAUACGAUUCUCUAUGAGUUUCCACGGCUACAUCGCGGAGCGAUUCCUUAGCGAUAUUGACGCUUUCACACCUGAACAGCAAUAUCGCAUACUGUACGAUCUGCCAGAUGAUCGGUAUGUCGCACCAGAAGUCAAGUACAGGAUGUUCUGCAAAGGUGAAAAGGCAUCGGAAGCCUUGAAGCAUGUGCGCCGGCUCUUACCCAUGCCCUUCAGUCCGAAUACACUAUCACCAAAAUUGUAUAAGGAGCUAAGUUUGAUCGAUCAUGAGCGAUGGGACGAGGCUGGAAGGAGGGCUCGAGCGGAGCUCCAAAGCCGGGGUGUGUGGACUCGGUUCGGAGGAAAGCCUAAAGCUAACGGAAAACUUAGGGGCGUAUCUACCUUGCGAUUACAUGUUUGGUGAGCGACCCCAGAUGGUGAUGGCGGAGUCUUCUGAUGGGGGCGAAACAAUCCGGCCGGCUGCUAUCAACGAGUGCAGGUCUUUGGAAGUGGCUGGAUGUGCAAGAGAAGACAAGCCUCUAUUAAUAGCUGAGCAGGGUCAGAUCGGUAUCUCUGCACAGAGCCAAGGGGCCGACAUAUGGCAAUUGCUCUUUGACUUUGGCAAGGCUGUGGGAAGACUAUUAGCGAAAUUAUCGACGUGCAGAUGAGCUUAUACAGCAGACAUUGGCGAUAUUCCAGGCAU